AUCUGCUACUCGCUACCUUUUAACCUUUUUGCAAACCCACACCCCAAAAUUUAAGGCUCCAAAAUUCUAAAUUCAUUCUAAACUUACUCAUUUCCACAAUAUUGAUCUUGAAGUCCCUAAUGGAUGGGUUCGGGACCAUCGACGGGCUCCCGGACGAGCUGAUCCUUGAGAUCUUCAAAUUCCUGGAAAAGCCAAUAAUCUGGAAAGAGUACCGCAAAGAUGACACGCUCCCCCUACGCCAGCUCCGUCUGUACAUCGAUCGCGUUUAUGAACCAAGACCCGAUAAAUCUGAAAUGGCGGCGGUCAAGGAUCGACAAAUGAAAUCAGCUUUCGAUUUGCAGUUGCCUUACUCACUCGUACAUAUCCAAGACACCCUCCAGUCAUGGGGUUCUCCUCAUAUCGAUCUUGGGUUGUUGAUCUCCCAAACCCCCAAAUUGGAGCACCUUCACGUUUCCACAGAAGUCGAAAGCUCCGAACACCCACCCAUGUGGCUAGAUGUAUUAACUCAAGCUGCCGGAGGUGGAUCGUUGGGUUUGGUGCACGCCUUCUCGUUCCUCAAGGUGCUCCAAAUCGAUAUUAGCUACCUACCUCCAGCUACAGCAAUUUCCAUUUUUCGGAUGCCAUCAUUGAAGGACCUCACAAUUCACAAUUGGGAUGGAGAGUACGACCAGUAUGGCCGUUACCUUGGGUCGAGUCCGGCUCCUAUUGUUCACGGAACUUUCUACAAAUGGCCAUCUCGAUUGGCUAACAUCGAAAAGCUGACCCUGGCGGCCCCUUGUUUAACAGGUUCAUUUAUUUCCCAUGCAAUUCGAGCCUGUAAAGCCCUGAAGCGACUCGAGUGUCGUGAUGCCGCUUGGGGCGACGUUAGAGAGGAUGAAGAACUUUAUACGAAAAUAUCCGACGCAAUUCUAGCCCAUUCGAAAAGCCUGGAAGAGCUUGAUAUCCAAGAACCGUUCUAUAAUCGCCAAGAUCGGCUUCACUACGGAGAGCUCAAAUCAACUUCAACCCUCAUCCGUUUGAAGACAAUGCGGAUUCCGUUCGGCUUGCUUGUUGGAACACAAGAAGCCCCUUCUAGGCUUCCGGAUUGUCUUCCAUCUAGCAUUGAGACUCUCAUUCUGGCGUUCCCCUCAGAUGGAGAGCCAGAGGGCUUUGAAAGACAAUUGAACGAUCUGUGCGAAACUUGCGUUCGAGGUCGUUUCCCACACUUGAGAUAUAUUUUGAUACGAUGGGCGACUCUGGAACUUGUUGAGACAUUUCCGGCACAUAGUGCUGCUUUCGCUGCUUGCAAUAUCUGCCUCGAUAUAUUUGCCAUUAUAGCACCAGUUGAGCUAGAGCCACCUGCAGAAAAGUGGCAGCUUCUUCAAAAGACAUUUACGGAAAGAUUGGAGUACGAUUCCCGGCGCCAAUGUAUCAUUGGUUCGACCUUACCCGGAGAUUACAUGUCGGACGAACCUUACGACUCGUCUUCUGAAGACGUAUCUUGCUUAAGUAUUAAUGAAUCAGCUGGAUUCUAG